AUGUCGCAGCGGCCAUAUGCUUCAAAUUCUCCAUCCGACGAGACUUCUCAGCCUGUGAGCCAGCUUCUAGCAUCCCCCGACCACUCAACCGGUGCGCAAGAUGAAGCCGAAUCAGCGGACCUUCAGGCUCGACGUAGUGCCCAGAUGCCCCAGCCUAGUCGACCGGGAUCUGUCAGAGGAGACUUGACCCCUCCAGAGCUUGCGCAUUCUGGCAGACCAGCAUCCUCCUGUCCGAGUUCAUCUUCCCAGCAGCGUUCUCGGUCUCUGGGGAUGCAAGCCAUCCUCAACCCGUCCACUAAUGCGCCGUUAGAACCCAGCUCGCGACACGGUAGCCGGGAGCCACUAGGAUCGCCAACCUCAACGGCUACGUCCCCUUCCGCGCAUCACCAUGGGACACCAUCCCCGAUCCAGCCUCCAACCCAACCUCCAUUACGCUACCACUACGAACGUUCCACACUGUCACCGAAGGUGGGAAGACGGGUUCUGACUCCAAAAUCGCCCGCCGUCCGCGCUGCAAGCUUGGGAGGUCGAUUUCAUCCAGUCCCUGGGACCAUAAAUGCAACUCAGUCUCCGUUCUUACAGUCCCCUCCUCCGCCGAGAUUUUCUGAGAGUGCACCGCGCUUACAUAUUGACUCUGCUUCUGCAACUGUGCCUAGUAGACUAACACAGCCUCGGCAAACAGUUCAUGCUGCUAGCAUUUUCUAUGACCAGCGGUCCGCUGCAAACCCACAAUCCCAAGAAACGAGUCCACGUACUCCCCAGUCAUCCUAUAGUCCUUACAGCCAUGCAUCCCCUGCUCCGGUGCCACCAGUCCACCUACAGCAGCAGCAUCCUUCUCCUGUGCCCACUUCAGCGUUACCAGGACCUCCACGUAGCGCCAUGGCCCAGUCACUUCUGCCCCUUGAAAACCGGGGCCAGUAUCGAGGGGAAGGCGGGCUCGCAUCAAUAGGACCAUACAUGUCAGCGUCGGAGGCUAGUGUGGGGCUAAUCCCCUUUACAAUUGACAGAGAUUCGGGGUCAAUGAAAGCUAAGAUAAAACGGGAGAAAAACAGCAGUGCUUCGAAGAGAUUUCGGCAAAGGAAGAAGGUUGUGGAAGCGGAACAAUCGCAGGCCAUUAAAAGACAGGAGGAUGAGAUCAAGAGCCUCACAGAGGAAAGAGACUUUUAUAUAAGGGAGCGAAACUUCUUUCGGGAUAUGUAUGCGAGAACCCCUGGUGCACAAAUCCCCCCACGACCACAAUCACCGCGCUCCUUUCAGCCGCGCGCUACUCCACUUGCUUCGGAGGACGAGGAGGAGCAGGCUUCGUUAGAAGCGGACGACAGAGGAAGGGGAGCGGGGGGCCGGAAUGUCCGGCAGAGAACUGGAUCUGGGCCGGUGCAUUUGCCAUAUCCUGGCAUUCAGACUUCCGGCUCAUAUGUACCCAUGUCAGGGGCUCCAUCUGCCCAUGCAUCUCACUCUCCAUCAUACCCGCUUCCGUAUCCCGCACCAUGGCGAGCGUCUCCUGCGCACGGAAACCCACAGUCAGGGGAACUUGCAUCUGUCGUGCCAUCGCCAACGGCUCUUUCCACCCCGCGAGAAGGCCAACUAUCGCAGCUACAGCAUCCACAGCAGCAACCACAGCAACACCCACAUUCACACCAUCAUCAGCAACACCAAACGCAACAUCAACAGUGA